UGCGUGUUUGCUGUGACAGUUCGUUGCAUCACUGUAGCCUAUAAUGUCCGGUUGGUCCUUAUUUUUAGGAUAAUCACCACAAAAUGCUUUCGGGUUCGCGAAACAUUUCCGCUCUUUGCUUAACUAUGCAGAGCGCCUUGAUUUCUGCUGCUGCCACUCGUCAUCGUCCUUUACUUUCGCGAUGUGUCCAUCUGGCCGGCAUCCACUAUGGUCGCCGCAAAAAGGGCGACUCGAGCAUUUCAGCUCUUUUCCGACCAGUUCCAAUAAGCCCGAAUGCCGAUGACAUAAAUGUGGGAGCUGAACUCUCGGGCAAACUGGAUAAAAGUGAUUUAUUGAGGGUUCUUAACAAAUUCACGCAGAAACGAGAGAUUAAAAUGCUCUGCAUGGAAAACGGACUGGAUUCAUAUUUGCAGCAGCAAGCGUUCUCCAGCUUUCGGCGGUAUUGCAUAGAAUGCGAAAAUUUGCCAGUGGACCUACACAUCACGGUCAGUGACAUAUUACAAGGAGCCGGGCACAUUGACGACAUAUUUCCUUACUUCCUGAGGCAUGCGAGAACGAUUUUUCCACAUCUGGAAUGCAUGGACGAUUUGAAGAAGAUUUCAGAUCUACGGACCCCGGCCAAUUGGUACCCGAGCGCUAGGGCACUGACAAGGAAGAUCAUUUUCCAUGCCGGGCCGACAAAUUCUGGAAAGACUUUCCACGCGAUGAAGCGAUUCAUGGAAGCUAAGUCGGGCGUAUACUGCGGGCCCUUGAAACUGCUGGCAGCGGAGGUGUACAAUAAGUGCAAUGAAAUGGGCACCCCAUGCGACUUGGUGACUGGCGAAGAGAGGAAAUACGCUUUGGGAGAAGGGAAUCCAUCGCCACACGUAGCGUGCACUGUGGAAAUGACCUCUGUUAACACACCAUAUGAAGUAGCCGUAAUAGAUGAAAUUCAAUUACUUCGAGAUCCGGGAAGAGGUUGGGCAUGGACAAGAGCAUUCCUGGGCUUAGUGGCAGAAGAAGUGCAUGUUUGCGGUGAGUCCGGAGCUUAUGAGUUAUUACAGCGAAUUUGUGAGACAACCGGUGAAACGGUGGAGAUGAAAAGUUACCAGCGCUUAACGGAAUUAACCGUAGAAGACUCGGCUUUAAGUUCCUUGGAUAACAUCAUGCCGGGAGACUGCAUAGUGUGCUUUAGCAAGAAUGAUAUCUAUUCGGUAUCUCGGGACAUUGAAGCCAGGGGGAAAGAGGUUGCUGUAAUUUAUGGGGGACUACCACCUGGAACGAAAUUGGCGCAAGCUGCAAAAUUCAAUGAUCCGAAUAAUAGUUGCAAAGUUAUGGUGGCAACGGAUGCCAUUGGAAUGGGUUUAAAUUUGAGUAUUCGCCGUAUCAUAUUUUAUUCGUUAGUUAAACCAACGAUGAAUGAGAAGGGCGAACGAGAAAUUGAUACAAUUUCCGUUUCACAAGCAUUACAAAUUGCCGGACGUGCUGGACGAUACGGUACGCAAUGGGAACAUGGCUAUGUGACAUCGUACCGGGCCGAAGAUUUACCUACACUCAAGAAAUUGUUAACACAAUCUCCGGAACCAAUUACACAAGCAGGAUUACAUCCAACGGCUGAUCAAAUAGAAUUAUAUGCGUAUCAUUUACCCAAUUCAACUCUAAGUAAUUUAAUGGACAUUUUCGUCUCCUUAUGUACCGUUGAUGACUCAUUGUACUUCAUGUGCAAUAUAGAAGAUUUUAAAUUCCUCGCGGAAAUGAUUGAGCACGUUCCUUUACCGCUCAGAGCACGGUAUGUCUUCUGCUGCGCGCCCAUCAAUAGGAAAAUGCCUUUUGUGUGCUCAAUGUUCCUUAAGUUUUCUAGACAAUAUAGUAAAAACGAACCAAUUACUUUUGAUUGGUUGAAAGUUCAGUGUGGCUGGCCGUUCAGUCUUCCUAGGACGAUUGUUGAUUUGGUACAUUUAGAGGCUGUAUUCGAUGUUAUGGACUUAUAUCUUUGGCUAAGUUAUCGUUUUUUGGAUCUAUUCCCUGAUGCUCCACAUGUUCGUCAAGCUCAGAAAGAUUUAGAUAAUAUUAUACAAGAAGGGGUUUUCCAAAUUACAAGACUUCUGAAGAAUACAGAGGCCGCAAUCAAUUCAGCUGGUGACGCCGAACCGUACCCCUUGCGGAAAGCGCAGUACGCACAUAGAGCAGAACCCAGGAUUCCGACAGCAGCUAGAGGACGUCUUACAGAACGCCUGCUGGCGCAAGGUUUACUAACACCCGCGAUGUUAGAGGAACUUCGGAAAGAAUGGGACCAACAGUCGGCAGCGGAGCCAGCCGAAGGCGACAGGGAUCCUCUAAAUUCAAUGAAAUCGAGAAGAAAACGGAAAAAAUGAUUGUUAUACAAAAUAUGUCAUUUCUAUUUUGUAGCUGAA